GUUUGUUUCGAAGUUCAUUACGAUGAUUCAAUAGCAAGCGAUUUGAUUGGCUGGUUCACUUAACUAGUCAAUUACAACUUUUUAAUACUAAACUUGAUUAUCGUAAAUCAUCGGAACGAACUUCGAAACAAACUUCGGAACUUUACAACGAACAUUUCGAAUUUACAAGUAAACAUUGGAAGUCAGUUUUGAAAAGCAAAUUGAAAUCGAGAGUAAUAUAAAACGUUCGCUGAACGUACGAACGCGCCAUUUUGAAUUUUCCAUGUGGUCGUAAUCGGAGGACUUCGGAGACCUCUCGGAACGAAAUCGGCAAGUUGCAAAAAUCCUCGAAAAAUGGCGGAUAAAAACGUCGAAUCGGGUGGAACUUCAAGUAAAACCGAAAAAACUGAUAAAACAGAUAAAACGAACGCGGAAACUUUACGCUACGACGAAUUACAAACGAGUUUGAUCCAUAUUUCAAAGAAAAGACCAGAAGAUAUCUUUCACGACACAACCAAAGCGUGGAGAAAGCAAAUCAACCACGUUCAAGGAAAAUUAGUAAAUUGUACUGAAAUUGCAUCUUUACAAAAUGACUGUCGCAUUUUGGAACAAUGCAUGAAGGAUUUAACGAAAGCUCACGAGGAAUUGGAAAGUGUCAUCGAGUCUCCGGUUGAGAAAAUUGCUCUUUUCGGAAAAUUUGAGGACAUGAGCAAGGAAAACAACAAGGUUGUACAGCAAGUGUGUCAAGCAAUAAGGGAUAUGAAAUUUGACGCUGAGUACAACCAUUCUGUGAUAUCUCGAAGAUCUGGUAGAAGCCACAUUUCUCGUAGGUCAUACCGAAGUAAUCUGUCCCGAUGUUCAAGGGUCAGCACUACGUCAUCGAAUAGACAGAGGAGGCAAGAACUGGAAGAGAAUGCAGCCGUGCUCAAGGCCAAAAUGCGCAUUGCUCGUGAGAAGGAGAAAUUCGAUCAAGCAAAUCGAUUGGCCUUACAAGAAAUUGAAGGCAAACUACAAGAGAUUCAAAACGAAGAGCGGAAGGUUAAAGAGCAAAUUACUCUUACUGAUGAAAGAUUCAAGAUUAGAGAGGAACUCGCCGAAGCAGAAGCUCGAAUUGAUGUCUGCACAAGGUUCGAGGGUGAAGAAGAAUCAUUCAGAACCAUUGAAGAGAACCCUUGUGGUGAUAAUGCACACGAUCGCGUCGAGCGCUUCCUCCAGUCUCAGUCGUCACCAGACGCAUCACCCUUAACAGAAUUGGAGCAUCCUGGAAACUUCACCUCCAACCAAGAGGCAGGUCCUACAACACCUGUAGAGAAUCAAGCGGUCAGUACGUUGAAUCCUGACGCUCGUAACUAUUAUUAUUAUUAUUAUUAUUAUUAUUAUUAUUAUUAUUAUUAUUAUUAUUAUUAUUAAAGUCUUUAUUGUCUAGAGUCACAACAGACGUGCAACUUUACAAAUGUCAAAUUCCUAUUUGUUACAGUUAAAAAAAUUGAUCUAUCCUAAUUAAUUAUAUAAAAGUUAAAAAUAGUUAAAAAGACAUCUAUUUAUAAGGAU